AAAAAAAAGAGACUGUCCAAAAAUGACAUGGAAGCGACCAGGCCGUGGGAAAAGCUAUUUUUUGUUUACCUAUAAAAAAUGUUUAGAAGAAUAAAACCUCUCUUUUCUCUAGUUCAACUUCAAAGAAAAAUGGCUAUCUCUACACUUUCAUCCCAACAACGUGAACAACUUUUAAAGCCCUUGAUUUCUAGCGGUUGGGAAAUGGUUAAUGAUAGAGACGCCGUGAUUAAAAAGUAUCAGUUUAAAGAUUUUAACGAGGCCUUUGGUUUUAUGACACGUAUUGCCUUAAAAGCUGAUAAAAUUGAUCAUCAUCCCGAAUGGUUCAAUGUUUACAAUAGAGUCGAAAUCACCUUGUCUACUCAUGAAUGUCAAGGCUUAUCUACAAGAGAUAUCGAACUUGCAACCUUUUGUGAUGAUGUUGCCAAAUAAUCUCCAAACCUAAUAAACAUAUAUUAUUCUCAUUUUGA